AUGACUCGUGUUUUGGAUUUGAAUUCGGAAAAAGCAAAAAACUUUCCACCAAUCGAGCAACAGAAGUUACGCAAGAAGACCACCGAGCUGCAAUUUGACCAAAUGCAAAAGGAAAAGCGACGGGGAAAAGGAGUUAGACAACAAUCGUUACAGGUCUUUCAUUAUCCGGUACUUUUGAUGUCCGAGAAAGGUGAUGAGAACAAAAGUGGGAUCGUUUGGAGGACAAGCGGGACAACCGGCGAAGUGGAGAGUAACGAGCGACCGCCGAGAUGUAAAGGAAGUCAGUUCUUUGCUGUCAAAAUCGAUUCCACUUAUGAAAUCAUUUACCAAACGGGG